AUGACACCAAUCUAUCAGCAAUUCCUGGCUUUGCAAUUUACAGUCAAGGAGAUCAAUGAAAAUCCCCAGAUUUUACCCAAUCACACCCUGGGCUUCCACAUCUAUAACAGUUACUUUACUGCCACAUGGACCUAUCGUGCCACAUUAGAACUGUUCUCGACCAAGGAGAGAUUCAUCCCUAACUACACGUGUGACCUUCAGAAAAGACCAACAGCUGCCAUUGGCGGACCAAGUUCUGCAGUUGGAGCCCACAUGAACACCAUCCUUUCUCUCUACAAGAUGCCACAGCUCAACCACUUUGUACGAAGGGUAUCUUUCAAUAACAGUGCAGGGGAAAAAGUUUCCUUCAAUCAGAAUGGAGAGUUAGAGGUUGGAUUUGACAUUAUGAACUGGAUUGUCUUUCCAAAUCAGUCUUUUCUGAGAGUCCGAAUUGGAGGGAUAAAUAGCAUGGAGUCCCAAGAAAUGAUGUUCUCUCCUUCUGAAGAAUCUAUUGCAUGGCCUAGGAGGUUUAACCAGGCCCAGCCACUUUCUCUGUGUAAUAGCAAGUGCCAUUCAGGAUACAGUAAGAAAAAGAUAGAAUCAAAGCCUUUUUGCUGCUAUGAUUGUCUUCGAUGCCCUGAUGGGAAGAUUGCUAACCAGGAAGAUAUGGAUGACUGUUUUCCUUGUCCAGAAGAUCAGUACCCAAACAAUAGCCAAGAUCUGUGUCUCCCAAAAGUUUUGACAUUCCUGAUGUAUGGAGAAUUUUGGGGGACUAUUUUAGCCAGCUCUGCUCUUUUCUGUUCUAUCAUUACAGCUGCAGUCCUCUGGAUUUUUAUUACACAUCAGGAUACUCCUCUAGUUAAAGCCAAUAACCGAAACCUGACCUACACGCUCCUUGUUGCUCUCUUGCUGUCUUUCCUCUGUGCCUUGCUCUUCAUUGGCCAGCCAUCCAAGGUGACCUGUGUCCUCCGUCAAACCGCUUUUGGAGUUAUCUUCUCAGUGGCCAUUUCUUGUGUUUUAGCCAAAACUCUCAUUGUGGUUCUGGCUUUUAUGGCCACCAAGCCUGGGACCAAGGUCACCAAAUGGGUGGGGAAAAGACUUGCCAUGUCGGUAGUAUUUGGCUGCUCCUUUGUUCAAGCUGUGAUAUGCACUGUGUGGCUGACAACCUCUCCCCCAUUCCCAGAUGCUGACUUGACUUCAGUGGCAGAAGAAAUAGUUCUGGAAUGUAACGAAGGUUCCAACUUCAUGUUCUACUGUGUCCUGGGCUACCUGGGCUUCCUUGCCUUGGUUAGCUUCAUGGUGGCUUUCCUGGCAAGGAAAUUGCCUGAUGCUUUCAAUGAAGCCAAGUUUAUCACCUUCAGCAUGUUGGUCUUCUGCAGUGUUUGGUUGUCCUUUGUUCCAACAUACCUGAGCACAAGAGGAAAAUACAUGAUGGCUGUGGAGAUCUUCUCUAUCAUAGCCUCCAGUGUUGGGAUACUGAUUUGCAUCUUCUUCCCCAAAUGUUUUAUCAUUAUAUGGAGAUCUGAUCUAAACAAGAAAGAAAACCUACGAAUAAAAAGAGUAUAA